AUGGACCUCAUCUCCACCUCAUCUCCGCAGAGGCUGCAGCCCACGCUGGUGCUGGCCACCCUGAGCGCGGGCUUCGGCUCGGCCUUCCAGUACGGCUACAACAUCGCCGUGGUCAACACGCCGCACAAGGUCUUGAAGUCAUUUUAUAACGACACCUACUACGCGCGACACGGGACGUCCAUGGACGAGAAGCACAUGCUGCUCCUGUGGUCCUGCACCGUGUCCAUGUUCCCCCUGGGCGGCCUGCUGGGCUCGCUGAUGGUCGGCGGGCUGGUGGACAAGUGUGGCCGAAAGGGAACCCUGCUGAUCAAUAACAUCUUCGCCAUCGUCCCUGCCAUCCUGAUGGGAGUCAGCAAAGCGGCCAAGGCUUUUGAGCUGAUCAUUCUUUCCCGAGUGCUGCUGGGAGUCUGCGCAGGCAUCUCCUACAGCGCCCUCCCCAUGUACCUCGGAGAGCUGGCUCCCAAGAACCUCAGGGGCACUCUGGGAACAAUGACCGAGGUUUUUGUCAUCGUGGGAGUCUUCCUAGCGCAGAUCUUCAGCCUGCAGGCCGUCCUGGGCAAUCCUGCAGGCUGGCCCGUGCUGUUGGCACUCACGGGGGUCCCCGCGCUGCUGCAGCUCCUGUCUCUGCCCUUCUUCCCCGAGAGCCCGCGCUACACCCUCAUCCAGAGAGGAGACGAGGACACGGCUCGACAAGCUCUGAGGAAACUGAGGGGCUGGGCCGAUGUGGAGGACGAGAUCGAAGAGAUGCGCGUGGAGGACCAGGCCGAGAGGGCCGAGGGCCGCCUGUCCGUGCUCAACCUGUUCACCUUCCGGCCCCUGCGGUGGCAGCUCAUCUCCAUCAUCGUGCUCAUGGCCGGCCAGCAGCUUUCCGGGGUCAACGCGAUUAACUACUACGCAGACAUGAUCUAUACAUCCGCUGGCAUAUCAGCCGCUCACUCCCAGUAUGUAACCGUGAGCGCCGGCGUGGUCAACAUAGUCAUGACCGGUGUUUCGGCCGGCACCGUGGAGUGGCUGGGCAGACGGCUCCUCCUGCUGGUCGGCUAUGGCAUCUGCGGCUCGGCCUGCCUGGUGCUGACGCUGGCGCUCCUCUUCCAGAGCGCGGUCCAUGGGCUGUCCUACCUCGGCGUCAUCUGCGUCUUCUCCUACAUCGCGGGACAUUCCAUUGGGCCCAGUCCCGUCCCCUCUGUGGUGAGGACUGAGAUCUUCCUGCAGUCCUCCCGGCCGGCCGCCUUCAUGGUGGACGGGGCUGUGCACUGGCUCACCAACUUCAUCGUGGGCUUCAUGUUCCCUUCCGUCCAGGAGGCCAUCGGGGCCUACAGUUUCAUCGUGUUUGCCGGAAUCUGCCUCCUCACUGCUGUUUACAUCUACAUGGUGAUUCCUGAGACCAAGGGCCAGACAUUUGUGGAGAUAAACCGAAUAUUUGCCAAGAGAAACGGAGUGGAGAUUCCAGAGCCGCGAGAAGAAACCACAGGUGUUGAGCCUCGCGCGUCUCCGCCCGCAAAGGAAACUUUCUUCUGAUGGCUCUGCAGGUGCCACACCACACUCGGAGGCCAGUCCCCGAGAAAGGGACU